AUGAAUACUUCAUUCCCAAACUCAGAUGAACAUUGUGCUGAUGAUAUAUAUUGCUAUAAAAUACCACGGACAGAUACUGUUAGGACUUUAUUAUACUGCCUCCUUUUUUUCAUAAACAUUGUAACAAUUGGUGGAAACUUUUUAGUUGUAGUUUCUAUUUCUCAUUUUAAACAGCUUCAUUCUCCAAACAAUUUUCUUGUCCUUUCACUGGCAACUGCAGAUCUUUUGUUGGGUGUUUGUGUUCUGCCUUUCAGUGUUGUGAGGUCUGUUGAGACCUGUUGGUAUAUGGGGGCUGCAUUCUGUAGACUUCAUACCAUUAUUGACGUCAUGCUUUGUACAGUUUCCAUUUUACAUUUAGGAUUCAUUGCGAUUGACCGCUAUUAUGCAGUAUGUGAUCCACUCUGUUAUACAACAAAAAUCACAUACAGAGUGGCGGGUAUCUUUGUAGCUGUUGGGUGGAUAAUACCAUUUAUAUACAGUUUUGGGCUAAUUUAUGAUCGUGCUUACUGUAGAGGUUAUGAAGAUUUGGAAGCCCAGUUAUCUUGUAAUGGUGAAAAAUGCAUUUUCUUAUAUAAUGAAAUUUGGGGAUUGGUUAAUACGUGUACAUUUUUCAUACCUUGCUUUGCAAUGAUAAUUAUAUAUGGGCAGAUUUUCAAAGUAGCAAGUAGACAAGCAAGAAUGAUACAGAAUAUGGAAAGCAAAAAACAUAAUUUAGAAGAAAGCAAAAACAAACUCUCGCAAAGCAGAGAAAGAAAAGCUGCAAAAACACUAGGAAUUGUAAUGGGUGCAUUUGUUUUUUGUUGGUUACCCUACUUUUUUAUAUGUUUGUAUGAUGUUCAUGUGAAAUUUUCAACAGCUCAGCCCGUGAUGGAAUUUGUUGUCUGGUUAGGUUAUACAAACUCUGCUUUUAAUCCACUGAUAUAUGGUUUUUUCUAUCCCUGGUUUAGAAAAGCUCUGAAAAUUAUUCUAACAUGCAGAAUAUUUAAUUCUAGCUCUUCAACAAUAAAACUAUAUGCAGAAUGA